AUGGAUCCAGACAAGACCAGCACAGAUGGCACAGACAACAUGAGGGGCUCAACUGGCGAGCGACCUCUCCUCUCAACACCCGACAUGGACCGAAGAAUCAGACGUGCCUUUGACCGUCGCGUCAUGCCUGUCGUCUGCUGUCUCUACGUCCUCUCGUACCUCGACCGCGGUAACAUCGGCAACGCCAAGACCGCCGGCGCCCAAGAAGCCCUGAACUUGAGCUCCGAUGACUGGGCGUGGGUUCUCAAUUCGUUCUAUCUCGCGUAUAUCCUGUUUGAGUGGACGACUAUGCUUUGGAAGAUAUUCCCUGCGCAUAUCUAUGUCUCGAUCCUUUGCGUUUGCUGGGGCACGGCGGCGAUGUGUUCUGGGUCAGUUCACAGCAUGACUCAAUUGAUAGUCACGCGCAUCUUUCUUGGUAUUUUUGAAGCUACUUUUGGUGCUGGUGCGCCCUUCUUCUUAUCGUGUCUAUACAAGAGGCGGGAAUUGGGCCUUCGCAUGUCCAUCCUGCUGGGAAUGUCGCCUCUUGCAAACACCUUUGCGUCAAGCUUGGCAUACGGCAUCACCCAUAUCAAAGGCUCUUUAGCCCCGUGGAGAUUGCUUUUCAUAAUAGAGGGUGCACCCACUAUUGCCUUUGCCCCAGUGGUCUACUUCUUCCUCAUCGACUCCCCCGCAACAGCCAAAUUUCUGACCGAGGAAGAACGAUACUUCGCCGUUGAGCGCGUCCAAGGUCCUGAUGGAGCCAAGAAGAACGUCAACUGGAGACAAAUCAUCGCCGGAAUUCUCGAUUACAAGAAUUACGUCCACGCUGUCAUUCACUUCUGCUGCAACUUUUCGUUUGCCGCUUUAUCUAACUUCCUUCCUACAAUCGUCAACGCUAUGGGUUAUAGUUCUAUCAAUGCUCAGGGACUCACAGUGCCGGCGUACUUUACGGCGUUUCUGCUCUGUAUGGGAGCUGCGUUCUUCUCGGAUAGAUGGGGGAAUCGUGGGUUUGUCGUAGCUGGAUCUGCUGCUUUGGCUACAGUUGGCUAUGGCCUUCUUGCUGGGAUCCAAGAUAUCCAUCGCCCAGGCCCAAGAUAUGCUGGUGUUUGGCUCGCUGCUUGCGGCAUCUUUCCAGCGCUCUGCAUAAACAUUACGUGGUUACUGAAUAACCAGGGACGGGAUUCAAAGAAGGGAGCAGGCCUUGCCAUCACGUUGAUAAUUGGGCAAUGCUCGUCUCUGCUCAGCAGUUACAUGUUUCCAAAAGAAGAUGCACCAUUCUUUGUCAAGGGUUGUGCAAUCGGCUGUGGUAUGAGCGGUGCUAUUGUGAUUCUGGCGUUGUUCAUGCAUUUCGCCCUAGAGAGAGAGAACAAGCGCAAUGAGAAGAUACAUGGACCUUUGGAUCAGGACGCCGAGCUUGAUGUUUCCGAUGAGGAUGGGAACAGCAAGAAUUUUCGAUAUCUGACCUGA